AUGCAAUGGAAGAUGGGUGAUACGAAUGGACAAGUAGUAGCUGGUGGCAAUGGCCAAGGAAAUCGAUUGGAUCAAUUGCAUGAACCAACCGAUGUGUUGAUCGACAAAGAGACGGAUAGUCUCAUUAUUUGCGACACUGGACGAGUCGUACGAUGGUCUCGUCGUAGUGGUACAACUCAAGGAGAAAUCCUCAUCAAUAACAUCGAUCCUUAUGGAUUGGCCUUGGAUGAUCAGAGAUAUCUCUACAUCUCUGACUACAAGAAACAUGAAGUAAGACGAUAUCAAAUAGGAGACAAGAAUGGAACUAUUGUGGCUGGUGGCAAUGGCCAAGGUGCUGGUCUCAAUCAACUCAACGAGCCGACCUACAUCUUUGUCGAUCAACAACAGACUGUCUACGUGUCAGACUACAACAAUCAUCGUGUAAUGAAAUGGAAUAAAGGUGCAAAAGAAGGAAUUGUCGUCGCUGGAGGUGGAUUUAUUACAACAGAAAAGAAUGAAACAAGAAAUAUUCUUCUUUUCAAUAAAAAUUUAUUUAUAUCGACAUCAAGAUCAACAAUUUGUUAUUCAUGUACAAAUUUUAGAAAAAUUUAUGCUAAAAUAAUGGAUUUGAUUCAUACAUUAGAUUUUAAAAAAAUGAAUACUCGUUGUUAUACUUAUCAUAAGAUUCGUAAACAUAAAACUCAAUUAGGUAAACAAUAUUUUGUUGCAUUAUCAUGA